AUGACUUCCAAGGUCCGCAUCGCGUGCCGGCGAUGCCGCGCGAAGAGAAUCAAGUGUGAUGGCAGCAUUCCAGCCUGCAGCAACUGCCAAAAGGCUGGCGAAGCCUGUCUUGAUGUCGACGGACGAAACAACUCCAUUGCCAUCCCUCGCGAUUUUACCGCAAAUGCUCGCGCUCGCAUCGAAUGGCUUGAAGGGCAGCUUCGUCGCCAUGCUCCGCAUGUGAAUCUCGAUGAUGGUCCAAAGGUAGAUCUUGGGCUGCAUAAAGUUGUAGAUCCCCCGACGACGCUCGAAACAAAGUCAGUGGAAGCAGAAGACACAGCGUCGCUUUCGAAACGGACUUUUGACGUCACUCAAGAGCAAACACAGCUACAUGAGCAGCCUUUUACAACCGAAGCGCGGUCUGUCGCCUUGGAUCUUGGCUUAUUGAGCUUGGGCUCGGACUCCAGACAGCUUCACUAUCUGGGCAGUUCUUCAGGGCGGCUAUUCACAUCGCUCAUCGGCUUAGGCUUGCCUGAGACGACAACCCAGGCUCCAACAAGAAAUCCCUUUAAGUCGCUCUCUCAACCUGGCUUUGAUGGGAAGUCGGGCUCUUUCGCUUAUGCAAAGCGUCAGAAAGAAGCCAGUAGGCUAGUUUAUGACAUCUUGCGCAAGACGCUACCCGCUCGUGAAGACGCUCACAUUCUGCUGGAAACAUAUCUUCGCAACAUUCACGCUGAGCACCCCUUCUUGCACCCAGGCUCCACCGUUGCGGCUAUCGAAGCCUUGUAUCAGUGCGCUGAUGCAGAGCCUUCCGCAGAGAUUGGCUUCAAUGGAGAGUUUGCCCUUUCGCGAGGUGUAGACUGUACCGUCAUAUCCAUCUUCACGGCGACAUUUCAUGUCUUUAUGGUUUUCACGCUGGCGGCUACCAUACGGACCCGUCAAAGAAUGUACGACUUUGCGCCAGACCAGUUUUACCGGGCGGCAAUCUCUGUUGCUCAUUACUGCUUUUCAGACACAUCGGUGGCCUCUGUGCAGGCUAUCCUGCUCCUAGCCGUGCACAGUCUGCUCAGUCCAACAGAGGUGAACAUAUGGACACUCACAUACACAGCAAUGGCACAGUGUAUCGAUCUAGGACUACACCGGAUGCCCGCAGACGGCGAUGGCAUUUCUGCCGCCGCAGCUCUGACUCGUAAAAUGGUCUUCUUUAGCGUAUAUCAUUUAGACAGGUCUGUGGCCACCAUUCAGGGGCGCCCACUGGGCAUCCGAGAUGAGACAUUCGAUGUUCAGCUCCCUAGCCUCCGGGAUGUUCAAGCUGAUGCUGCGGCUUUGGCAUCUUCGAGCCUGUUUACUGAGCUAUCGAUUCCCGCCAUCGUUGCGUUCGCGAUUCAUCGCUUCAGACUGGAUUCCAUCAUCUCAGAAAUAAAAAUGUUAUUCUACCAUCUUCCCAGCCAGAUCAGCGCUUAUUCUUGGCCUGCUGACCACCAAGCAACUCAAAACGCGAUUCGGCAGCGUUUGCAGGACUGGCGCCACGAAAUCAGCUCCCUGUCGAAUGUGCUUCCGCAGGAUAUGAGUGAUGAAAAUUGUCAAUUAUACAUGCGCCAGUACGAAUUGACAGCACACAGUCAAUUCUUCGCGGCUAUGAUUUUGUUAUAUCAGCCCUCUCAGAUGGUACCACAUCCUAGAGAAGAAGCUCUGCUUAUAUGUUACCAGUGUGCAGCCUCCCGCAUCAACAUCUACAAUAGCUUGUACAACGUAGAUGGUCUUUUCCAAAGCUGGCGCAACGUACAAGGAGUCUUCUCCUCAGGAGCAACCAUGAUCUAUUGUCUCUGGACGUCGAGCUCUGUCCAAAACUCUGUGCCAAUCUCUAAGGCAAUGACUGACCUGAGAACCUGCACAAAUCUUCUCAGCGUCGGCGGGGAAUGGUGGCCGUCAGUCAAAAGAGGCAAAGAGACGUUUGGCCGAGCUAUGGACGCAUUAUUGAAGAAGCUUGAUCAAUCUAAAACUCCAUUGCAAACGCAUAGAAAUACUGGUAGCCCUAAUUGGCGACUCGUGCGGAAUGUUCCACAACAAUUUGACAGAGAAUCAGCGAAUGAUGAGUCGCUCACACUAGCGACGAGCACUCAUUCAAGAGAUAUGGAUAGUUUUUGGGGAUUCAAUGCAGCUCUUCCACCAAAUUCUAGUGAUUCUCCUCGUAACGAUGCCACCACCAAUCAUGGGACAACGUAUUGGACUGCUUUGGAUAACCGCGGGGAUCAGUCGUUGCAAUUCAACCAGCAGGAUUUUGGCAGCGCUGUUUCCGAACUGAAUACGGAGGCUCUGGACAAUACCGUCGAGGCCUUCAUCGCUGAAUUCUUGCAGAACGACACGGCUUGGAACCCUUUCUAG